AAAUAAAAAUUUGUUUUGUUCUUCUCCUACCACUGCGCAGUGCCCAUCCAUCCAUUUAUUCAGAGCCUUGCUUCACCAUUUGCUUUCUUUCGCUUCCUCCAUCGCUUCCCUUCCCCAACUAUUCAAUCUCUCUCUUUCUGUCCAACUGGUUUUACCAAAUUGCCCCUGGAAACCUUCCCUACCCUACCCUUACCUUCUUCCACCAGAUCCAUUUCAGUCUCAGCCUCCAUUUUAGGGUUUUACUAUUUCGGUCUAGCCACAGACUCUAAUCCUUUUCUCCGAUCCGAUUCGCCCCAUUGUUUUCGAUUAACUCUCAUUUCUUACAAAUCCUUGAGACGUCGAUCCUCUAAUUGAAUCAAUUCCCAGAAUCGCUUUCUUCUUUUCCAUUCCCGUUGACUUUGUUUCAGGGUUUAAGAGGCUACGUACGUACAAGGACCAGAUUUAGGGUUCUCGUGCAAGUUUCUGAUUCGGCGUUAUUGCGAUGUUGGGUACGGGGUUGCAGGUCACGCGCGCCCGGGGAGACGACCGAUUCUACGACCCGGCCAGAGCCCGUAGAGCUCACCAGAACCAGAAAGCCGAGCAACUUCGGCGAGCUCAGAGCGACGUCACGCCAAGCCAAUCGCCUUCGCUCAAGGGUAACCCUAACCGGGAACCCGAGAACAGGGUCGUGUCAGAUGACCCUCCCAAGCCAGUCGCCGUGCCUGCUUUUGAGCCCGUUGUCAAUCCCUUGAGUAAUCUCGAGCGGUUCUUGCAGUCGAUCUCGCCAUCCGUGCCCGCUCAGUACCUCUCUAAGACGACGAUGAGGGGAUUGAGUACUUGCGACGUGGAAUUUCAGCCAUACUUUGUUCUUGGAGAUCUAUGGGAGUCUUUCAAGGAGUGGAGUGCUUAUGGGGCAGGAGUGCCUUUGAUUUUGAAUGACAGUGACUCUGUGGUUCAGUACUAUGUCCCUUAUUUGUCCGGUAUUCAGAUAUACGGCCACUCUAUGAAAUUGCCCACUAAGACAAGGCGGCCAGAUGAGGACAGUGACAGUGACUUCAGGGAUUCUAGUAGUGAUGGAAGCUCUGAUUACGAAACUGAUAGAUUAAAAUAUUUGAGGGAGCAGCGGAAUCCUCAAAAUCUAUCGAGUGAAAUUCCUCGUAGGAUAGACAGAUUAUCUCUGAGAGAGCCGCAUUUUCCACCUCAUGAAGACUGCUCUAGUGACGAGGGUGAAUCCAUAAAUUCUCAAGGUUGCUUACUAUUUGAGUAUUUUGAGCAGGACCUUCCUUAUUGCCGCGAGCCUUUAGCUGACAAGAUACUAGAUCUUGCCAUCCAUUUUCCUGAGCUGAAGACACUAAGAAGUUGUGAUCUGCUGUCUUCCAGCUGGAUUUCUGUUGCAUGGUAUCCAAUUUACAGGAUUCCAACGGGACCAACUCUAAAGGAUCUUGAUGCGUGCUUUCUGACGUACCAUUCACUUUUUACACCCAUGGGAGGUGUACCAGAUGCCCGGGCUCCUGUAGUGACAUAUCCGAGUGACAUGGAUGGUGUCCCUAAGAUGUCAUUACCUGUUUUUGGCCUUGCUUCAUACAAAUUCAGAGGGUCCUUGUGGACUUCUAAUGGGGGAUUUGAACGCCAGUUAGCUAAUUCCCUCUCGCAGGCUGCUGACAACUUUCUAAGAGUGCUGCGGGUCAAUCACCCUGAUUUUGUGUUUUUCAGCCGUAGAUGAUUUGAACUCUGAAGAUGUUACUAACUGUGUUGCUACCACCGUUCUAGAAGUGAAGCCUGUUUGCAUGAGUUACUUGUGAAAAAAUCCCUGUGUUGUGUGAAAUUCAGGGUCGCAAGUUGGUAUGCAGGGAUUCCCUCGUUUUGGUUUUCUGUUAUUUUACUACAGGAGAAAGAAAGGAAAAAGAAAAGGAAAAGGAAAAGAAAAGGAUGAAGGCAACUUAAAGAAAAGUGAAGCUUUGGCAUGUGAUGUGAUGAAGGACGCAAUAACCUCAGCGAAAAGUGAAUAGAGGAAAUAUAGUUAGAUAAGCUAUAGAUGGUCAAGCUAAUCAAAGUUGCUUUUUAAUGGAAGCAAGCUGUGUCUUGCUUGUUUUCUGUAUUUUGUUCUUAGUAAGGAAGGGUAUAUUAUAAAAGAAAAACCAGGCUUUUUUUUUAUGCCGUGAUGAUGAUGAUGAUGUUAGCAUGUGUAAUUUUAUCUAUGAGGGGAUUUUGAUAUAGAGAUUGUAUUUAAAGUGUUUAGCUUGAGCUU